CUGAUGCCGCCAGUGCAAGAAAAAGCGCCAUCAGCUGAUGGUUCGACCAACCCGGUUCCAGACAGCCCGCUGGAGAUUGCAAGGGCGCUGCAGCAUGCCACCAGCCAGCAGGCUACAGACGCUCUGUUAGCACCCUUGCUGCCUCAAUGGGUCAAGGAACCCAAGCUGGCCACCACUGUUCUGAAAGGGGCCUUGGGACAUGUGGCCUUGAAGAUCUUACAAGCAAUGUCCAGGAGCAUGAUGGAAACGAACAGCAUCCAUUUCAAUGCUGCCAUUGCCGCUGCAGAGCUGCAUGGGGAGUGGCAAACAGCUUUGCAGCUACUACGUAGGAUGCUGGCAGAGAAGGUUGAUAUCAACGUGAUCAGCUUCAACCGAACCUUGGGAAGUGCUGGACAAGCAAGUUGCUGGACCCUGUCCUUGGCUUUGCUAGAGGAGCUUCCAACACAUCAGCUUGUACCAGAUAGCUUUAGCUAUUCUGCAGUCAUCAAGGGAUUGAAACAAGGCCUCCUUUGGCAGCUUGCGCUGGCGCUAUUCAACCACAUGCCCCGUGGCUUGCGGGACAAGGUGUGCUACAACUCCGCCAUCGCCAGCAUGCCCUGGAAUUGGGCCCUCGAGCUCUUCCAUGAGAUGACUCGUAGCCAGACCUCUUUGGACGCAGUCUCCUAUGGAUCAGCUGUGGCCGCUUGCCAGCGAGCAGCGCAGUGGCAAUCAAGUCUGAUUUUGCUGAUGGAAGUUCGCCAGAAUCAGCUGUCCAAUGCCGUGAUAGAGAAUACCGUCAUGGGCUCCUGUGCCCGUGCCAAUCAGAGGCAGAUUACCCUGAACUUGUUAGAUGAGAUGGAAGCGAGGAACGUCAGUGACCAUCGCAGUUAUGGCAUUGCAAUGACUGCGUUCAACGACGGGGCUUGGGAGGCGUGUCUGGAUCUGCUGGUGCGUUCUUUACGUGCAUCAACACACCCCAACGUGGUGAGUUGCACCACGCUGAUUCGGACGUGUGCGACUGCUGGUGAAUGGAGGAUGGCUCUAGAAGUGUUGAGAAGCAUGGCUGAGAUGCUGGUGGAAGCCAACACAUGGAGCUACAACUCCAGCAUCACUGCCUGUGAAUCGGCUUCCCAUUGGGAGGUGGCAUUGCUUCAGUUGCACCAGAUGCGAGCAGCGGAACUGGAGCCGGAUGUGAUCAGUUUCAAUUCCACCCUGAGCGCCUUCCAAGAUGGAACUUCUUGGUCCGUAGCUUUGCAAGUUUUGGAGCAGAUGGAGCAGAGCCAUUUGGAGCCUGAUACCUUGACCUUCAAUUCGACCAUCACUGCGUGCCGCCAUUGGCCAACAGCCUUGGCAGUGCUCCAGGCCAUGUUUACAAGAAAUCUGCUGGUUUCGGCAAUCAGCUUCGGCGCUGUCAUCAACGAAUGUGAGACAGAUGGCGAAUGGGAAGUGGCUUUAGGCCUUUUGCACCACAUGCUCGGCAUGAGCCAUCAGCCUGAUGGUCGUAUCUUGGGCUCAGUGGUCAACUGCUUGCGAACAAAGGAUGGUUUUGCAGCGCUGGAGCUGUUUUCAUCCCUGCCCAUUUGGGUGAAGAAUGCAGCACCAGUGACAGCUGAUCUGCCGGACAUGGAAGUCCUGGCCUGUGGACCUGGAAUAUUGACCCUGUGUAAACCCAGCAUGCAGCGGACAGAAGACCUGGUGGCAAGAGUGGCUGAAGUCUACCCGCACGUCACUGUUGUCUCAAGGCUGGACUCUCCAACCUCCGGGGUUCUGCCAGUGAUCCUGGCAGAAGAUGGUUCCAACGUGGCCAAGUGUUUUCAGGCGCAGUUUGCCGGCCGCUUGGUCCACAAGGACUAUGUUUGCUUAUGCGAGGGCAGUUCCCUAGGUGCAGCUGGCACGGCUGGAGAGGUGCAAGCACCUUUGCGUACUUUUGGAGAUGGACAAAGUGUUAGGAGCGAAGUCAGUGAGCUGGGGAAAGCAGCCAAAACUGAGUAUUGGGUUCGAGCGCGAUACCUACAUCCAGGUGCUACCGGCGAGCUGAUCUUGUUGCAUGUGAAGCCUUUGACAGGGCGUACCCAUCAGAUCCGUGAGCAUGGACAGUCGACUGUGGCUGCCCCAAGGUGUGCAUUUCGCAAGUUUGGGAAGGCCUUUGGUGGGGGAUGUAGCGUACGGAAAUGGGAGCGUGGGACCUUUCACGCGUCUCUUCCUACACUGCCGGCGCCUCGCUUUGCGCGAUGCUCUGGGUCGUUUUGUCGCCAAGGCGCCUCUGCCUUGGGAGCUCAAAGAACAGUUGCAGCAGCUGCAACCCAUUGAAGAGCGACCAGCUCGUAGCGUUUGAAUAGCAAGACUGGGCUCCUGGCCGAGUAGACUGUCCAAGAGAUCUGAUAAAGUCUGACGUUCCCACGGGUCGGGUUUCAACUUGGAAGGGCUUCGACAUCAGCCUGUAUUUGGCCUUUGGUGAUGCAAGGACAUGCUGGCGGCAGCCAAGCUUGCCCUUUGAAGAAAAUUCGGCCGGGGCUUUGGUCAGAAGGAAUCAAGUCCAAAAUGAUCCAAAAUGUACAUCAUUUGACAGAGAUACCUGGAAAUCCUGAAGCAAAGACACCAAGCAGCCCUCCAGGAUCCUCCAGGGUUGCGCAUGGGAUCCAAAGGGAUUCAAUGGUCAGCCAGACAUAAUUGCACAUGGCGAUAAGUCCUUGUGGCAAUGGCGGUUGCUGCUGUGGGCAGCUGCUCUCAACCUGGAUCCGAGAAAACCUGGCUGCGUUUCUCAUGAUGGCUUGAGCUGCCUUAUGUGUACAGGAUUUGUUGCAGAGCUGCUGGCAAUCAGGCAUGGGAUCAAAAUUCAUCAAAAAUGAUGAUUCAAUACCGUACCCCCUUAAAAUUGGAGGGUUGAUGCUCGUACUAAGAGUUGCAAGAAUUGCCAAAAUCCGAGGUUCCUUGGGGAUUGAAUUUUGGCCGAUAUAC